CCGUGCGUCGUUCACCCCUCCUUCUGUCAGUGCACCUCAACCACACGCUAAACCGCUGGUUAUCUUUGUUUUUGACAAGCUACUACUUCCCCGCAAAGCACGGUACGAGACUACUGCUUGUAGAAGCAACAUUCUCUCAACUUCAGCUUCGGGUUGGGUAGCCGCGGCAUGCUCCGCAGCUUGUCAAGAUGACGAGGCUCCGCGGAGCUUCCGUGAGCUCUUAUGAUACCGCGCGCGGUGGUGCUUCUGACAGAGCGCAUUCCCGCCGAUCCAAGCUUCCUCCGAAUGCGCCGGAGGUUGUGGUGUUGAAUACGAUCGACGUGUCCGAUCCUGCCCAGGUCUUGCUUUGGUGUCGCGAUGAGCGACGCCGCCAAUUCAACCUUCUUGUUCGCAGAUACAAGAAUCAACUUAUGUACGGUUGCCUGAACCCUGGCUGUCAAACCCCGACUUGCGCGAGCUAUCGGAGACGGAUAACCGAAGGACCAUAUCGUCGCUAUACAGAACUGAGCGCCCGGACCUUGGCCUGCUACCUAGCCAGUGUAGAUGCUGAAGCAGGACUCUGCCGCAAUGCUCCUCGGGUAGCAUUCGGAUUAUCACCACAUGAACCACAACGCCGGCCGAAACGUCGAAGUCGCGCGCCGGUUGAGACCGCAGAAGAAUUUGGGUCGAUCGGGAGAUACGUCAAUAGCACCGAAGACCUGCCACAGGACUCUUCAAGGCCAAAUAAUCAGUUGACUCUGUGGGACCCGAGCAUUAACGCAGAAAUUGGCGCGGCUCAGGUGGUCAAUCCGCCGGGGCAGCAGGUGGCACUAUCGGAGGACGAUCAAGCCGCUGCAGCCCAGAGACAGAAGGAUCCCAAGUCUUUUACACAAAACCUUUUUGACACCCUCUCCCUAAGAAUGAUAGAGUGGCUACCUCUACGCCGGUCUCCCAGUGCUCUCGACGCGAACAUCGACCAGCGAUCUGAAUCUCGGCCGCCGAAGAGUAAUCCGAAUCAGACGCCAUCGCAUUCUCAACGGACAAGACCACACAUGAUCCGACAACGCACCCCGCAAAAUGCAGUUCCUACUGCUGGUACCCCACGCACUCCUUCAACGCGGAACGAGACUAGUCAGGACACAGCAUUAGAGCUUACGGUGCCUAUCACGCUCACAGAAAUGGAUCAAUGGCGUCGAAGUGAGCGGGCUAGUUUGGAUGAGAAACCCCAUCAGGAACUGAAACCCGCUCGCAAAAUCCCCGUUACUUCACAUGCACUUGCAAAUCAUGAUGGAUCGGUCAAUGUGCCCUCACCACCCGCAUUGAGGCACCGUCCUCAGAAGCACCGUGGAAGGACUGGAGACCUAGACAGCGUUGAUCUAGCCCUGCAGCAGAAGAAAGAGCGCCGAGUAUCCUGGGAUGGGGCAAAAUAUUUGAAUAACGUCCAGUUUGUUGAUUACUUGGAGCCUGUCCCGUCUGUGGAGGAGUAUCUUCCAUCGGAAGCUCAAUCUCCGACGGAGACGAAGCCCAGGGCUCAAAGCAUCAACCUGAAUCAGUCAGCGGAUGCUAUUCAAUCGUUGAGUCACCUUAAUAGCGAUCUGGUGCAUGGAUUGGCGCAGAUGACGGCAACGUCGGAGGAUGAGGAAGAACGCUGGAAAAAAGAGUUGGCUCACAUUGAAUCCACUGGCAGUUUUGAAGAUUCUGAAUGGCGUUUUGCGAAUUCUCAACAGCGACAAGUCUACACUUUCAUUGCGCAAAGUGUGUUCUGUACCUUGAGCAGCACGAAACAUAUCUUGAAUUCGUUUCGAAAGGAUGCGGUGGGCUUGUCCGAGACAGAUCAACGCAGCGCCACCUCCAACCUCGAUCUUCGGCAGCUACAGGUGUCAUUCUCGGAGCUUCUCAGUAUUUGCUCUCGAGAUGUUGUGUUCCAUAGCUUGUGGACUGCGAUGGAGUCGUUGUUCGUGCCGCCUAAAGGGCUGUCGAUAUCAGGCAGACGAUCACGUCGUUCAUCUUGCAAUUCCAGCACGUCCGCUGCCGUAUCCGCUCCCAUAAUGAGCAGACCCGGCUCGGCAGGCAUGACGCAUCUUACAGAUGCUAAUGUCGCCGAUGUCGCAACCGUCACCAUGUUUGCUCUCGCGAGCUCGCUCCCAAGAGUCGAUGCGUCUACAUGGCGCGAAAUUCUCCAGAUGCGCGCCGCAGGAGGCGUGGCAUCUAGUUCAGAGAUGCAAAAGUAUUCGGUGGCCAGAUCCAGGAUAAUCGUCGAGACUGCCGACAUGCUUGAGCACGAGCUUGCUCUACGACUCGUCGACCGCCUGGUACGAGGUCUUACGGCACGUCUGGCGUUCAAUGAGGUCUCCAAAGCGCGCCAGGUAUAUUCCAGGGAUACGCCGAAACGUCGCAAGGACGGGGCUUUGGAUCGUCUCGUAGAAAAUCUCAUUGAAGAAUACAAGACCAUGUCGCCUAGCGGCGACUCUCAGCAGCAGCAACCCCAACCAGGGGCCCCAUCGUUCGUUGCCGAAUGGCUCCGAACUCUAUUGCUGCGUCAAUGGGAUGGAAAUCCAGAAAUGCCCAAAAGCAGCUCUGCUGGCGGAGCUGUACAGAUUCUAGCUAAGUUAUACAAAGAACGGAGCCGACUCGGCCUUGUGCCGGAGGACUUCCACACUUCAUUUCUUGCCGAGCGAUUGGAGCCUCUGGAUAUGCCAGUGGAUUGGCUGAACAGACUGCCAAACAACAAAACGAUGCACCUUCUAUCUUACCCCUUUCUAUUUCCGCCCUCUGCCCUCGUUAUCUACUUCCGUGCCUUGAACUAUGCGGCUAUGUCGAAGUACUACGAAGCGGCGUUGACCACGACGAGGCAUGUAACACAAACUGCCUUUGGGCCCAUACAUAUCCAAGAUGACGUCGGACUGUUGGCGCGCAUGAAGACGUCGAUGACCACCUACCUCGUCCUUACUGUACGCCGAGAUAACGUUCUCACUGACGCGCUUAAUCAGCUUUGGCGGCGCGAGAGGCGCGAGCUCAUGCGCCCUCUGAAAGUACAAAUGGGAAUGGAUGAGGGUGAGGAAGGUCUCGAUCACGGCGGGGUUCAGCAGGAGUUUUUUCGUGUCUUGAUGGCAGAGGCUUUGGAUCCGGCGUACGGCAUGUUCACGCUGGAUGGACGAACCCGUAACUCCUGGUUCCAGCCAUGCUCGCUAGAGCCGCUUUACAAAUUCGAGCUCCUCGGGCUGCUGAUGUCUCUGGCCGUAUAUAACGGGCUCACACUUCCCGUUAAUUUCCCUACGGCGUUCUACCGAAAAUUGCUCGGACUCAAGGUCAAGCAGCUGGACCAUAUUCAAGACGGCUGGCCGGAGCUAGUCAGAGGCUUGGAGGGCCUUCUCGCCUGGGAUGAAGGUGACGUGGGAGACAUCUUUCUGCGGACCUACGAAUUCAGCUAUGAAGCGUUCGGCAAUGUCGAGACUGUGGACAUGCAGAAAAUCGACAAGGACGCCCCGUGGCCGACACCAUUCCUGCCCCUCCGACCACCCCUAACCGGAACCCGCUCUCUUGGCUAUUCGCCGCCAUGGUCUGAGGUCCGUCACUACACGGACCACGUCAACUUGAGCCCACCUUCGUCGAUGGCGGCGGAAACGGCGGGUUCGUACCGGGAUACGGCCAAGUCGGUUGGUCCGUUACCUGCAGCGGCGGCUCAGUCUCCUACUCCGCCGGCGGAGGAAGCGUGCCUCGUGACGAACGCAAACCGUGGGCAGUUUGUGAAGGACUACAUCUUCUGGCUGACGGACAAGUCUGUUCGACCGCAAUUCGAAGCCUUCGCCAAAGGGUUCUACACCUGUUUGGACCGCACCGCGCUGUCAAUAUUCACGGCCGAAUCAUUGAAGACUGUGGUGGAGGGGAUCCAGACGAUUGACGUGCGGGAGCUGGAGCGCCAUGCGCGAUACGAGGGCGGGUUCAGCGCAAGCCACCGCGUGAUCCGGGAUUUCUGGAAUAUCGUGCGUCGAUACCCUGCAGCAAAACGGGCACAGUUGCUGGAAUUUGUGACGGCUAGUGACCGAGUGCCGGUCAAUGGGAUUGCGAGCAUCAUGUUUGUGAUUCAGAAGAACGGAGUUGGGGAUGCUGUAAGUGUCUUUGAGAUACCAAUCCACGAGUGAGGAUGCACUUGUACUGACGAAUUGCAGCGCCUUCCCACGAGUCUGACGUGUUUCGGACGGUUACUGCUGCCCGAAUACUCAUCGAGGAGGGUUCUAGAGGAGAAACUGAGCAAAGCUUUGGAGAAUGCACGAGGAUUUGGCGUUGCUUGAGAGGACAUACAUACCCUGGGAGCUGCAUAGCAGUGGUUAUGGACACUCUUGGUACUUAUUCAUUAUUUUCAUACAUACCCGGUUUAUGAGGCAUGGUUGGGACAAACACUGGAGGAUAUUCUAGAAAUGUGCAUAUAGGUAAUGGAUGCUAGUCGAGCUCUACCUGCUAU